CGCUUUCUCCCAUAGCAUCUCACAAUCUUCCUCGCUCUUCAUUUUUCACUUUUCUUAUAAAACAGCGAUAUCGCUUGAAGAAUCUAGUUUUCGAACUUCAAAAUGGACGCAAGCACAAAGGUGAAGAAGGGAGCAGGAGGAAGGAAAGGAGGAGGACCAAGGAAGAAAGCCGUGACCAGAUCUGUCAGAGCCGGACUCCAAUUCCCCGUCGGAAGAAUCGGCCGAUUCUUGAAGAAAGGUAGAUAUGCUCAGCGUGUUGGUACCGGUGCUCCUGUUUACCUAGCUGCUGUUCUCGAAUAUCUUGCCGCUGAGGUUCUUGAGUUGGCUGGAAAUGCAGCACGUGACAACAAGAAGAAAAGUAUCAAUCCAAGACAUUUGUUGUUAGCUGUGAGGAAUGAUGAAGAGCUUGGAAAAUUGCUUGCUGGUGUUACCAUUGCUCAUGGUGGUGUUCUUCCUAACAUCAACCCCGUGCUUUUGCCAAAGAGGAAUGAAAAAGCUGCUGCCAGUACUCCUAAGUCUCCGUCAAAGGCCAAGAAAUCUCCAAAGAAGGCUUAGAUAUAUGACUUUAGAUAUUAGGUUUUGUUUCUUCCUUUUCGUUUUGUUGAUAUCUAAAAUUAGGCUCCUCUGAUGUAUACCAAGCUUAUUUAGUUCGAUUGUCUGUAUUUCAUGAGGUGUUUGAUUUAUAAAUGAAAACAGUUUGUUUUCUUCCCA